AUGGAGAACAACGAGGAGAGCAAGCAGAACGAAGUUGUUGCAAUUGAGCUUCCUGCUCCUCCUGGCUGGAUUAAGAAGUUCACUCCGAAGAAAGGUGGGACACCUAGGAGGAAUGAUAUAGUAUUCACCGCCCCCACAGGAGAAGAGAUCAAGAAUAAGAGACAGUUGGAUCAGUACCUUAAAUCUCAUCCAGGAGGACCUUCAGCUGCUGAGUUUGAUUGGGGUACAGGUGACACCCCAAGGCGUUCUUCAAGGUUAAGCGACAAAUCAAAGAUGCAGGAGUUACCUGAAAUUGAAACUGCCAAAAAGAAGCAAAAGAAACUCAGUGAGAAGAAGGAAGCAAAGGAGAAAGAGGAUGCUGAUGGAGUGGAGGGUAAUGAUGACAAGGAUGCUGCUGCAGAAGAAACUAAAGGAGGGCCUGAAGUAUCUGUGGCUGAUGCAGAAAAUACUGGGGAUGAUGAUGGUGAGUUUACUACUGACAGUGCUCUCCCAGACAAGCAUAGUACUGAAGACAAGAAGGAGGAGGAGCCUCCUGCGGCUGAUGAUGUGAUUGAUGCAACCACUGAGAAGGUGGAUGCUAAAGUUGAGGAAUCCAAGGAUGCAACUGCUGAGAUGGAAAGUGCAAAGGUUGAGGAAUUCAAAAAUGCAACGGCAGACGUGGCUGGUGCAAAGAUUGAGGAGUCCAAGGAUUGGUCUAAUGAAAUAGCAGACGUGAAUAUUGAGUUAAAGGGUGAGGACUGUGCUGAAAAAGAGCUUUUGGAUGGGAAGGUUGGUGCAGAAGCAGCUGCAGCUGCAGCAGGUAAUGAUGAGUCAAAGGAUAAUGAAGCAAAAGAAAAUAUCCCCUAG